UUUAAAGCUCAAUUCUGAAGUGCUUUGCGAGCACCCGUUUGUGGCAUUUUAACAGGACGGAUCUUCAGUAUUUUCAGUAUGGAAUUACGCCUUGACCUUCAUCAAUCGCCUGUCAAUCAAAAUGUGACAUCCUUGGUUACGGCGCUGACAAGUGACGUCCAUUGUUUUAGAAGUUGGCGUAUGGCUUCAAAGGAAGAUGCUGAGGAUGCUCAUCUUAGGGAGCUUCUGAAACAAGGUCAAGCUUAUGCCAAGGACCUUAAUCCUGAACCGGCUAAGAACAAAAAGAGGACCACAAAAAACAGGUUGAGGAUUAGUUGGAGAAAGAGAGAUGUGCGGGGAGCAUUAGUCCCUCAAACUACCAAAUGUCGAUCUUCAACUGCACCCAGGGCUGGAACGAAGAAAUGCAAGGACACUGUCAGUGACACACAGGACCUUGUUGAGGACAGGGAUCAUCAGGAAUCAGUUCUUUAUUCCCUUCUUCGAGCGGUCAAAGAAAUGUUACGUGAUGGUCAGCCAGCAGCCCCUGAGUGUGAGAAACACACAGAGGCACAAGAUUGGGGAAUUCGAAAUGCCUGUUCUGCAGAGAGGUGGAAAGUGUCCCGCCCGCAUCUCAUCAACAGCAUGCUGUCAGAUGAGGCAGUAUUGCCCACCACCUGCCAGUGGUGUAGGCAAGGAGUGGCUGUGAUGAGGUGUAGUGAGUGCUUACCUCACCAGUAUCUGUGCAUGGCCUGUGACAAAGAGCAACACACCAGACAUGUUCUGCACAACCGGAGAUCCCUGAUCUCAGGCUACCUCCACCCUGUGCCUCCCACCUCAUUUGUCAGCCAGGAUGCUGACGGGCAAUAUUCCCUUACCCACCAAGGUCGCUAUGAUCUUGUCCUCCCUGAAGCACAUUGUGAAUGUUGUGCCUCUCAUUGGACACCUGCGCUGGAAGACGUUGUGCAAAGUGGGUACUGGCCAGGGACGGUCAACUUCAAUAGUCUGUUUCAUGUUGACGUUUUCCAGUCAUACCUGGAGUUAAAAAUGUCAGCACCUGGACUGUCCCAGUGGUAA